AAUUACUACGCAUGUGCAGUUUGUACACAGGAAGUAGCGUGUGUUUGACGAGAGUACAGCAAAACAGCCAAUUUGGAUUGUAAACUCGUGCACAAAAUGGAUCCACCGAGAGAUGUACAGCCGCCAAAGCAGCAGCCCAUGUUCUACAUAUGUGGAGAGUGCCACAAGGAAAACGAAAUAAAAGCCCGUGAUCCAAUCCGGUGCAGGGAGUGCGGCUACAGGAUCAUGUACAAGAAGAGAACAAAUAGAUUGGUUGUUUUUGAUGCCCGAUGAAGCGGAGGAUUGGUUUUGAGUUUGUGCCAUUCGUUUGCCUCUGUAGUUGAGAGUGUUGUUUUAUUAAAAGGUGAUUUUCGGA